ACUGCUCAGAACCACACACAAACAAGCACAAGCAGGCAUCAGCAGUCAAAAUAGAUACAAAAUAGUCGCCACCAGCAGCAGCAGCAGCAAGUGCACCUCCUACACAGUCGAACACACAUUGGAGACAUGGCGCAAAUAGUGGAAAAUCAAUUGUUUGCUGCGGCGCAAGCGAUUGAGCAACAGUUGGAUCAGGAGAUCGAUCGUCUGGACAGCUUUGACUCGGAUGAUUUGAAAGCCCUGCGAGAGAAGCGCAUACAGGAAAUGAAAAAGUUAAACAAUAAAAAGCAGGAGUGGUUAAGAAACGGUCACGGGACCUAUUCUGAGCUAGCCGAUGAGAAGGAGUUCUUCGAGGUUUCCAAGAAGUCGCCAAAUAUUGUGUGUCACUUUUAUAGAGAUAGCUCUGAACGCAGUCGCAUUGUCGACAUGCAUCUGAAAAUACUCGCUGCCAAGCAUAUAGAGGCCAAAUUCUGCAAGGUGAACGCCGAGAAGACUCCAUUCUUGACACAACGUCUACGCAUCAAAGUGCUGCCAACAAUAGCUUUGGUUAAGGAUAGUAAAACCAAGGACUUCAUCGUAGGCUUCACUGAUUUGGGUAACUGCGAUGACUUUUCCACAGAGAUGCUUGAAUGGCGCAUCGCCCACUCAGGCGCCAUUGAGUACAAAGGUGACUUAAUGCAACCACCAGAUGUUAAGCGCAAACCGUUCAUAAAUCGCGCACAAAAGACAAUACGCGGCGGCUAUGACUCCGAUGAUUCCGAUAUUGAUCUUGAUGACUAACGUGGCGCCCACAACAAACGACAAAAUAUUAUCAAACACAGCUGCUUGGUACUUGGUUGCGCCGGGACAAAAACAAUCAAAAAAAAAAAAAAAAAAACAACA